AAACAGUUAAAAAUUUUGGAAAACCUGUUUGUCAGAAAUGUGGAACAGUAUAUGAAAAUACUACUGAAGUUUCUACAUUAAGAAGACAUCUUAAAAACCACCAAAUAGAAGCACCUAAAAAAAAGCAAACUACACUUCACAUCUAUUGGUCAGACCCCCAUAAUAAACAAGAACAAAAAAAAAGAAAUGAAAAGUUAAUUUUUUGGUUAAUUGUAGAUCAACAAUCAUUUACAAUGGUUGAAAAUCAAUACUUCUGUAUCAAUAUAUCAGAAGCCAUUAGUUGUGUUCUUAGAGAAUUUGAAUUAAGUAAUAAAACUAUAGCACUUACAACUGAUAAUGAAUCAGCUAUGAUAACAUGUGGUCAUUUGUUAGCAAAAGAGUUAGAAAACGAAUUUGAUAAUAUUGGAUUCUCUCACUAUAGGUGCGUGGCACAUGUCUUGAAUCUGGUGGCAAAGCAAGGAUUGAGAAUGGUUGAUUUAGCUUUUAAAGGAAUUAGAUAUCUGAAAGCUGAGCUUGAUAUGGAAGUAAGGUGGAAUAGUACAUUUUACAUAUUACAAAAAUUUAAAAAUAUAGAAUUAGCUUUAAAUCUUCUUAGUGUUGAUAAUAACUUGAUUGCUGAAUUGUAUCCUAAUAAUAACGAUCAACAAAAUUACAA